GGUUGAAUAGUCCGUCUUUGAAACAUCGAAUCUGACCGCUACAAAAAAAGUGUUUUGUUAGUUACGGUGUCAUACCUUAAGUUAUUACUUUUCCACCACGCGUUUUUUUUAAAAAGUAACAUUUACGGUUGUUUUCGGUAGCUUAAUGGUUUACGGUCUUUGUCCAUGACCAGUUUGAGUUGUUGUCCUGAUUCUUUCUUUCAGGCGUAGAAGAAAUGUGCAUUUUUCGUCUAUUUUCUUCCUUUGCACCCGGGAAUUAUCCAAAAUGAACGACCACGAUACGAUUAGGCAUCCCGAUUGCUCAAAUGAUGUAUUAGUUCACUUUGCAGAAUCUCUGCACAUAUUUACAGGAUUAUUGACAGUGGCCACUGUAUGUGGUUUUUUUUCAGGAAUCAUAGCUGCAGCCGUUCUGUAUGUCUUUUGCCUGAAGCCUAUGCUUCUAACUCGACAAGGCUAUGAUGCCAGAAGACUGUUCGACGGAGACGACCAGGAUAGGGAGAACAACCACAGUGACUGUGUCAGCAACAGCAAGAAGGGUGUCCAAAGUGCCACUACCAAUGAAAAAGAAAAGAAGCAGCCACCUGUGAACAGUGAUGUGGCUGCUUUUGCAUCACGGGCAAAGGUGGUGUACCCCAUCAACCAGAAAUACAGACCCUUAGCGGAUGGAGCCUCCAACCCCUCACUGCACGAGCACUCCAAGCUGCCUGUCCUCCCCAAUGGAGAGUCCUCGUCGGGCUGUAGCGGGGAUUCACUGAGCCAGGACCAGGACAACGACGACAGCAGCCAGUUCAUCUCCUCCUCACUGGUCCCCAAGAGUCUGCGGAACGAGAGCUUCACCAGGGUGGCCCUCUACCCCCACACGCUCUCACAAACAGGUUUUGAGGGCAGGAUCAGCCUGUAUUGUCUGGCUCUGCAGGACGUGCAGAUACACUGUUCACAGGUCCUGGAAGAGAAAUGUGUGCUCUUUCUCCAAAUUCUCAGAAUUAUACUCAGCGGUCGUUUUCCCAAGGAUAAAAAGGAUUCAGCUUUUUUCACCAGUGUUCUUCUCCUGCAAGAAAAGGAACUGGGUUUAUUAAAGAAAGAACUGUCAGCCAGCCUGUUUUCCUGUGAGAGAAACAAAGAUCUAAGUUCAGAUCCUUGUACCCUGGAGGAGAUUGAAAGAACUCAGAAAGAUCUACUGGAGCACGUGCUUCAAAUGACCAAGGGCUUUAGCAAGCAGGUGGAGGCCUUCUGCCAAAGCCUCCUGGGCAGGUCCAGUGUUCUCCCCAGAGAUGAGGCCCAGGAUGUCAUCCACACCCUUAUCCAAUGUCUCCUAUUGGUCGAAAACCAGCUAACUGAGACUCAGGCGGCAGACAUGAAGAGGACCCAGGAGAAGCUGCUGUGGUGGGAGGAGCUGAGGGGUGUGCUGCAGGCCAAGCCGGCCCUGCUCCAGCAGGAGGUGUCCCUCAGACAGGACCUGGUGGCCCGAGGCCUGGAGCAGCUAACCAGUGACGGCCACCUGACAUUCGCCACCAUGGAGAAGACCCUGGGCGAGCUGCAGACUGCCCUGACUGAGGGGCUGCAGCACUGCAGCGAAGAAUGCAGGAUAAAGACCAAGGAGAUUGUGUAUGAAAAAAGCAAGAAGAUCGACUCCAAGAAAAAUAAACUCCUGAGGACUCACGCAAAGGAGAGAAGCCGUGUACUGGAUUCUGCACAGACGCACAGCGACCUACAGGAAUUUGUGAAGGUGUAUCAGGAGCUGCUUCUGAAGCAGAGGAAGCAGAGCAGUGACUUGGAGCUGCAGCAGGAUGGGAGAGUGGCAGAGGCAGUGUGUGAUCUUUGGAGGAGGCAUCAUGCCACCUGGUCCAAGAAGCUGGGAGAGCUGGCCAAAGACAUCUUCCUAUCUGCUCUCCCUGCUCAGCCCCAGUUGUCCACAAACCAAGGCCAGAGGCUAUGGCUGGAUCUAGAUGGUGACCUGGUUGCACUGCUGCAGCAGGCAGAGUUCAAUACCAAACGGCAACUGGAGGGUGUACAGGCUCAAUUGGAGCAAGAUGGACAGGUAUGGUGUGAGGAAGCGGCCCUGGUGCUGGCCUGUCUCAGACACCUAGGUGAACAGCAGCUGAAGAUCCUUAGAGGCAUGGUGGUCAGACAGAGCUACAUGCUUAACAGCCACGUGGGGAUGUUGAUUGAGAAGAAACAGCACCUCCUGCUGGUGGUGGUGCAGAGGCACUUUGUGGCCAGACACUUCUGUCUGAGGGUCUUGAAGGAGAUGAGGUUGUCCAAGCUCAAGGUGCUGUCUCAGAGUGACUUCAGGGCCCUGCUGGCUCUAGAGGACCACACCCAGACCAUAGUCAGACCAACGCUCCCCAAAGCCCAGCAGCAGGAAUCCAGUGCCAGUGUUGCCGAGAGGCACCUGGGCCCGGAGACUCUGCUGAUUGGCCACAGCUUCCAGCAGGAGUUUCUGUCAGAGUUAGAGACGGGAGCGGAGCUCCUGCAGGCCAACGCCCAGCAGCUGGUGGGCCACGCCCUCAGCCAGAGCCUCUGGCAGCAGAUGGACCAGGCCCCUCCCACUAGGCCCCAGCCUGACCACGGCAGGAAGAGCCAGUUGACGGAGGUAGCGUCAGAGAGUGUGUACGUGACCCGGGAUUCCCUCAGUGCUCUGGUCACCAGCUACUACUCUCAGAUCCAGGACAUCACCAAGGGCCUUCAGCAGCAACACCCUAACAAGGCCAGAGAGGAGUGUGAACGACGAGAGAGCAGCUCUCAGAUGAACAAGGACAUGCUAAAGGAGCUGGCCAACUGGGGGAGGAAGCCCAUGUCCACCGAGUUUCAUCAGAGGGUUGAACUGCAGAAGAAGAGGAUGUUGGAACAGUAUGACUUGGAGCAGGAGGUCGCAUGUGAAACUCUGAGGAGAAGGAAGUUAGCCCAGGAACAAACCAUGGAGCGAAUCAAAGGACAGUUACAGGAGGCAGAAGAGGCCUUCAUAGCUAAACUAUCUGCCUUAGCUCGGAUCCCAUUACCCGACAAAGAGCUCAACACUGAGGAUGACAUCAUAGGGGAGGAGGAGAGUCCAACAUUGAAUCCAACAUUGUGGAAGAGGCGAGAGAGGCGGGAGCAUGAAACUCUGCUCACCAAUCCAACCCUUUUAUUUUCAUGACAGGGAGUGUCACACUUUAGGAUUAGGGUAGACAAUUGGAACACAACUAUGUUUAUUACA